AUGGACGGCUCUUCCCGUACGCUCUCUCCCUUCAACCCACCCCAACCAACCACACAAGUCUCUCCGGGGUACGCAGCGCAGUCCCAAAACACCUUGGGCCUGGCAGCCGCAGCUGCGGCGGCCGCAGUCAACAGCCAAACCACCAUGCAGCUCCAAUCUCAACCUCCUACUGCUACCUCAACCGAGCAACAACAUCCCACCGACCUCUCCCAGUCUACCGCCGCGGCGGCAGUGGCCCAGGACACCUACCCGCAUCAAAUCACCGGGUCGGGCGGGCCUACAGCGACCGCCCCCUUCUUACGAGACUUUAGUCUUGUUGCGGAGGCCGCCAAACGGGCACAGAUGUCCGUGAUGGUGCGAGAUUUGGAGAGCGUCACGCUAUAA